AUCUCUUCCAUCUUCUACAUCCUACCCAAUCGAUAUGGCUCCAAAAGGAGGCAACGCAAAGAAAGAGUCAGGACGCGCUAAAAAGGCAGAGAACGAAGCUAAGAAGAAACAAGCAGCCGAAGAAGAAAAGGAAAGGAAGGAAUCAGCGAAAUGGGAGACAGGAGCGAAGGGAAAGGCUGCCAAGGAGGAGAAAGAGGCGAAACGCAAGGAGGCUCUGGCCGCAAAAGCAGAGCGGGAAAAGCUUCUAGCAGAAGAGGAAGCCUCGGCGUCAGCGAAACCGAAACCAACACCGAAAGCAGGGGCAAAGAAGAAAGCCGCUGCUGCAGGUGCUUCUGCGAAACCUGCAGGACCUGGUGCGCUCGCAGCAGGUGGUGGUCUGGCAGCUGUCCCCUUGAGUCCGAAAGAGAGUGUUGAUGAUGGCAAGGGAGGGCAGGAAGAGGCUGAGUCGUUUGCGGCGACGGGGAUUGAUGAUGCGAUUGCGAUGAUGGAGGUUGUGACUGCGAAGAAGGAUAAAGCGAGUAUGGGUCAGCAGGCUGCGGGACUUGAGAAACAUCCUGAGCGUCGGUUCAAGGCCGCCUUCGAAGCUUACCAGGAACGCGAGCUUCCUACCCUUAGGCAAGAUCAUCCUGGUCUACGGCUGAAUCAGUACAGGGAACUUCUAUACAAGCAAUUCCAAAAGUCUCCAGACAAUCCGUUCAACCAGACGAUUGUUGCAUAUGAUGCAUCGAAGGACGAGCGGCUUGAAGCGUUGGACAGACGGAAUAAGGAGAUUGAGGAAAGGCUGAAAGACCGAACGAAGGAUUUGAGUUUGGAUGACUAGGUUUAUGCUGAUGUAGUCUUGACCGAUAAACAGAUAACUAUUGUAUUUCUUGUAUAACCACCUUCGUCUGGGCUGUGUACCUCGCGUACGACAAAUUAACAAUGC